GUACCCACUCGGUUUUUCAACCUGGUUCCUCGGAAACUUCUCGUCCGCAGAAAAACGUCGCCCCUCCUUCAUCUAUUCUCUCAUCUCUACCUCACGAUCCACGUAAUCGACCUCGCUCUCUCACGAACCCGCCUCUUCUGCAUCGCUUGUCUGUAAAUAUCCUUGCUUCAACGCCACCUCCGAGGACAAAAACGACUGGGUUUUUCGAUAAUACAUUUUCUGCGUCGCCUAUAUCAACCUCACCUCGGCAAGUACCCGUCAAACCGCCAAUAGAGAUCCCCAAACCAAAAUUGGGGGAAGAAUCGCCAGAUGCCUAUCUACAUAAACUCCUUGCGUUGAUCAGCAAAGCUGAAGUGGCAGGGAUACUUGCGUCGAGUGGUGAUUCUUUUUAUAUGGAUUCCUUGAAGUUAUACAUGGAUCAAUUCAGCUUUUUGGGAGAUCCUCUUGACGUGGCUGUCCGCAAAUUGCUGAUGGACGUGACAUUACCUCGAGAGACGCAGCAAAUUGAUAGAGUCAUUGAAGCUUUUGCAAAGAGAUACCUGCGAUGCAACCCAGAUCUGUUUACCAGUGAUGACCACCCAUACAUUCUUGCUUUCAGCUUAAUUAUGUUGCAUACGGAUGCGUUCAAUAAACUUAACAAGCGGAAAAUGUCCAAAGCUGAUUAUAUCAAAAAUACAUCGCUUCCGGGCGUUCCUCCUGAAGUCCUAGAUUGUUUUUAUGAUAACAUUGUGUUCGCGCCAUUCAUCUUUAUAGAGGAUGCAUUAGACGCAAACAACCAUCAAGGCCCGAUGCUUGAAGGAGCUACUCCGCGGGUAUUCUCGGCUGCAGGCACGCAGCCUCCCAGUCCGCUUCCUUCGGGUGGGACUACGACUACUUUGUUCGGUAGGGCAAAGAUCGAUCCUUAUUAUCUUAUAACCCGUAAUCUCCUCGGUCCUCUUCGCGUCAAUGUCGAAGCUUUGGUACCCGCAGAGAAUCCAUAUUCACAUCAAGGAACUACUGGUCCCUUGAAUGGAGAAGAGUUAUUGCAUGCCUUUACACACGCUAUCGUGAUCGAAAUGGGCAUCGUUGACAAUAACCGUCUUCCAUCUGCAUUUUUCGGCCUGAAUGUUGCGGGCAUGCCUAGUCCUAUGCUAGCCGGUGUUGGAGCUCUUCCAGAGAUCCCACCCUCGACGGGUCAAGUUUGGACACUUAAAGUCACCAAGGUCGGGCUACUUAAUCGUAAGGAUGAAAUCCUUGAAGGCGGAAAGAAGGUUUCGAAUCGCAAAUGGAAACCGUUCAGUGUGAUACUUACUAAAUCUCAACUCCUCCUAUUUCGCGAUACGAAUUGGGCAGCUGCAUUGCUUUCUCGGACCACUAACGUUGGGAACCGAGUUCCAUACCCUCAGACUUCAAUCUUUAGGCCUGAUGAGCUCUUCUCAAUUAAAGACGCUGUUGCGGUGUAUGAUAAGAGUUACACAAAGCAUGUGAACGCGUUCCGCCUCGUCUUGGCAGAUGGUCGACAUAUCUUAUUCCAAACGUCGGAUGAGAAAGAGCUCAAUGAAUGGAUAUCUCGCAUUAAUUAUGCCAGUACCUUCAGGUCGACUGGCGUGAGAAUGCGUUCGUUGGGCAUGUCAGGGAAAGAUGUCGAAUUGACGGGAGUUGCCGCGGCCAAUUCCCAUCUUCAUGACAUACAACGUCAAAACCAUCAAGCUCAGCCUAAAGUUCACUCCUUUGGCCAACGUGCCCUGAACGACUCCACGGAUAUGUCUUCGCCUAAUAAUGUGGAGGAGCCAUGGAGAUCGAUGCAGAGUCGCAGAGUCACGAUGAUGAGUGGCCGACAGGAUGUAGACCUGGAGAUCCCUGUUGAUCCUGGGAUUGAAGGGGCCUAUCAGUUUAAGGCCACCUUUGAUCAAGUCAAGGCUGAGCUCGCGGCUGGUUACUGGUACUCGGGCGAACCGCAUAUUGUACCGGAAUCAGGAUCUCGUCCCAACUCUGAAUUUUCCGUGAAUUCUCCUGCCUCUACGCCAGAUGGUGACACGUCACGAGGAUCAUCUCGAUCUCAAUUGAUUCGACCCAAAGUGGAGGAUUUGGAAACCCAGUUGACUACCAAGAUAUCACAGCUUGACACCAACAUGCGGUUCGUUCGUAAUGUGGGUAUCAUGACACCAUUCCAGAAGGCUACUCGUGAUCGAUUGCAAGAUGCGGUUCAGAACACCUCGAAGAAAGUCAUGCAGCUGCGACUUGAUAUGGCGCGACUCAUUUGCCAUCGCAAUGUCCUUCUUAAUGAUCUGGCUGAGGAAGAAAGGACUUUCCAUCGGACGAAAACCUUGGCUCUUCAAGCUGCAACGGAGACUCUGCAGAGCUCUAGUGCACAGAAUGUACUAAGGAUGAGUUUUGACGCCCAAGAUGUGACCGUAGGAGAAUCCUCGGCCGCACCAUCCCCAGAUACACCCGAUCAAUCAAAAACGGAGUCGUCUAUGUGUAAUUCACUAGAUUCCGCUUUAGAUCUUGGACUUGACUGGUCAUCAUCUGUUGAGGACAUGGCAGCGUUGCACUUUUUGAACGCAUCUCACGAAACGGACUCUCCCGUGACCGAAGGAGGUUGUAGUUCGAUUGGACACGGCGAGUUGAACAUGUCUGGACGCAUGAUUGGUCGAACAAGCAGUGACCCAGCAACACUGGUUGAUCAAGGAGGUCGCGACUCGCAGACAGAGCUAGCUGAAGAGUGGAACAAGACUCGGGCAGCGAAGCGAGUGUCGCUCGUGCGACUACCAACUGAUUUCCGAGUGCCUACUUUGCUAGGAAAGCAACAUCGUCCAGGCGAAGAUGGAAUCUCAACAGUAGUCGAAGACGUUGCCUCGCGGUGGUGAUAUAAUGAUUCAUGAGAUGGCGAUUGACAGGUCGAAAGGACUGAUAGGAAUAUUAGCGAUUUUCUAAUCAUUAUAGUAUGGUCUAUUGUCUUUAAUCACUGCUUGAGCGAAAGAGGCUGUAUUGGGAGAGGGUGUUGUAGAAAGCAUGUGUGUGGUAGUGCAGCAGUGGAGUGGACGAGGGCUAUAUUGACUGUUGAUAGGGAUGUUAUUGCUAUUUCGUUGUAUGGCAGACCUGAUCGAAUACAGAGAAUUUCAGGUGGCUGUGCCCUACCCCAGAUUCGGUAGUCCCUUUAGCUUUUCUUCUUCUCUUUUCUCUCCCAGUCGCUGUCUAGUCACUGUGUUUGUCGCUGUCAUCAUCGUAAUUGUCCUUCUCGACGUCGUCGUCGCCGUCGAGCACGAUGUUGAGCCCGUAUCCCCUCAGCCUCCGCUCGUCGUCGACACCUCCUCGCUCCCGUGUGAAGCCCAAACCACCACCGUCUGAUGCACCCACUGACAGCGAUAAACCACGUCUUCGAGGUCAUGCCACAACCCCCCUAAUCACGACCAUGAAAUCCUUCACAACGUCGCCAACAUCCUCGCCAACAUCGGCAAAAAGGAGGUCCCCUUUCUCGCGCUCCCGCCGACGCUCACCCACCCCUCAAAUACUAUCGCCGCACUCCGAAGCACCGACUGCAUUCCCGACCAUAUCCCAGUCUGAAUGCGAAGGGUCUGUUCCCCCGCGUCCGCCAAGAAAUCCAGAGAGGCUGAAGCGGACGUAUAGCUUCAAUACCACCAAUCAUUCUGACGGUCCACCCAAGUCGAUACCCGUAUGUGUGUUCCACGUGGUCUUACUUUUCUUGCCUCUUAUCACGUUUUCCAGUUUAUCCAGAGGCGACGGAGCACGAAUAGUAAAUCACGUUCAGCGUCUUUGCUCCCUACCCCUGGUGGUUCUCCUCGCGGCUCUCCUUCCGUCUCGUUCUCUCAUUCUCAGCCACCACCACCACCAGCUCACCCUCUUGCGAAAUCGCACAAGGCUCAUCAGUCUGUACAAACAGUUGCUGGUGUCGCUAUCGGCUCAUCUGUUAUCCCUCCAUCUGUGAUGCCUGAUCCUUCGUUUGUGUCUCGUCAACCCGAGUCAUCUUCCCGCCCUCGUUCGACAUCUGCCGCGACAAACUUAUCUCAAUCCACCCGUCCUUCUAUCUCCACGCGCACCUCUACGCGCCAAUCAACUUCAACCCAAACGUCAGAUCCUACAACCCAUUCACCCUCUAUCCCUUCUCAAGAUUCAAAGUUCAACACGACUGAACGUGCUAUACUCGCAGAAUUACAAGCAGCGGUAGCAGCACGCGCUGCACAAUUCGUCUACAAGGGUCAUCCUGGUCCGGCGAGCGCUACGGGCGGAGCGUUCGGGCUCCAGAGAAAACAAAGCACAGAACGCGUGUCUAACCGGUCCAAAAGAUCUAUCACCUCGCAUACAACCACACUCCCAGCUGAUAGUCCAGCCAGAAAUAGCACAGAUGCCACUACCCGCAGUACUUCCGAUGUGCUGGCAAGUCUUGACGUACAUGGCGGCCUUGACAACUCUAGAAGGAGACAUCAUCCCCACGUUACUCGCGAGGUUCCCUAUCCAAGGAGCUAUGAGCGGGGCGUCAUCGACUUGUAAGUUUCCUGUCCUUUGCUAAUUAGCGAGUUGAAAGUAGUGGUUUGCGUGAAGUUUACUUGUAAGAUACGAAUGUAUAUGGAUCCGGGGAGUCUAUUUCAGGUCGCGUGACAUGCACCUCUCCGCACCAGCGGAAAAACUGGCUCUACAUAAACGCU